AAGGAAGUAGAUAAUUAGGAUUUUAAAAGGAAAAAGAAGUAGAAGCUCGAUGCAUACGACACGAUAUAAAGAUCUUUUUUCUCGGAUAUGCAAAUUUAUCGGUUGUACUGUUAAACAGCUAUUUUGUUCAUUUAACGUUCUCACGUUUCCCACGAAGCGAAGAUAUAAGCGCGCUAAGAAAACUUUCGCAUCACGGAAGCCGACGCACGUUGCAUUUAUCAACUACGAAGCUCUUGGAUUCUCGUUUCUCAUUUAGAAGAUAGACUUGUCAUUCUGUUUGCUUUCAACUUCCAAAUCAUCAAUUAUGUUUGAAAGGUGAAAUACAUUAGAUCGUUAUUAGAAAUUCUGUUGAAAUAAGUUCCUGUAUUUAACUAAGAAUAAAUUUGAAGGAAUAGGACCGCAGGUAAAAGAUUUUUUUCGUUAUUCGUAAGAGCGAAGAUGUAGAUGGUCCUUAGGUUGCAUAGUACACAUGGUACUAUGCGGGGAGGGCUCCGUCACGAAGGCGAAGUUAACUGCCCAUAACUCAUAGCCGACAUAUAAUAAAUAUCGUUACUCCAUAGUGAGCACACGUGGACUUUCGCGAAGUGGUUUAUAAGCGUAUACGAAACGUACGUGAAGCAUGGAGGGACCUCACGUAUAUUCUGUGUAUAACGUCGACCGAACAUAAACGUUCGGCGGUAUGUGUCUACGCCUUUUCGCCUUGCUUGCUCGAUGGAGAAGAUUCUUCUUAGAUUUUUCGCGUUUAAGCUUUUGCCCUUUAACGGCCAAGCUCGUCAACGAAGGGUGAUAUCUCAUGGACGAGUUAUGUUACAUUUUUCUUGGAAUUUUUAAAUGAUCAGGAUAAAACCAGGAAUGUGUCCUGUCGACCAACAAAACGAAAAGAAAAAAGAAAAAAAAAUAAAGAUCGUGCAAGAGGACGAACCCUUGAAAUAAGGAUAAGAAAAAAUAUCCUGCGUGACCGACCGCCGCAGUUUGUGGUUACAAUAAACAAGGAAGAAAAAAGGUGCAUCUCUGUCUCUCUCCCUCUCUCUCUCUCUUUUUCUCUCACUACGUGCAUACGUUCGUCUUCUAUUUCUCUCUCUCUCUCUCUCUCUCUCUCUCUCUCUCUCUCUGUCUCUCUUUCUCUCUUUGCAGAGUUAGCUCCUAUCUCCUUCCAACUUUUCUCCCUUCGCCCUUUGCGCAUAUGUACCUUACGCCGAGUGCAGACAACCGGAUUUAUAUUCAAAUGAAUCGCCGUAGAAGGGUCGACUUAUCAACGUAUCGCGGUCGAUGAAGCAAAAAGACAAAAGGAGCAAAGGGAGUCUCAGAGUUUCAAGAAUAAAAAUAAUAUAUGCAAGAUUUGUAGUAUCCGAUCCUGGUCCGCGGCACGACCAUCACCACAACAGCAUUACUACCACCACCACGACCACCAUCACCUCCACCAUCGCCAUGCCAUCGUCAUCACCAUCUCCCUGAUUCCUCUGUAACGGAUAGGCUUCACCUCCGCAGGACGGAACUCUAGUCCGCUUCCAGUUUCGCCCUCGAGAGUUCUUCGCGGUUUAGUAGGAACGUGCCUCUCGCAACGUGCACCUCGAGCUCCUCCAUGCUCCACAAUUCUUUAUCAAAUACGACGAGUAUUCUCUGGGCGAAUUAAAACUAUCAAUUAAAAUUUGUUUUAAUUCGAUCGUAAACAAAGGCUGAAUUUUUUUAUUCGCGUUGUUUUUCAAUAUUUGUUGGAAAAAAAAGCGCGGGAAGAUUCGAAGAAGGAUAGUUUCAAAGCUGAAAAGUGACUCGCAGAAAGAGGAUGCACGUGGAAGUUUCUUCACGUUUUUUACAAAGGAUGAGGAGAAGGGUCUGAGAGAGAAAGAGAGAGAUAGACAGACAGACAGACAGACAGACAGAGACACAGAAAGAAAGAGAGAGAGAGAGAGAGAGAGAGAGAGAGAGAGAGAGAGAGGUCGGAGAAGAAAAACAUCCUGAGGAAAGAAAAGGCGAUCCCUUAUACGUAAGGAUGCGAGUGCGUAGGAGAAGAUACACGAAGCGGUGACGACACACGGAUUUGUCUCGACAUGAGGCUAAGUCCAAUUUUUUUAUCAUGCGCCACGGCGAGCUGGCUCGGUCCUGCCGAGGCUAUUCGAAGUCCUUCUUAUUCGAAGGACUACGAAUUAUCAACGGAGUUCUUCCUGGUGCCGUCGGAGGAUACGGCCGAUAGAAAUGGUUUAGCUAGCGUGGCUAGCGUUAUCAGCGUGCCAGCACCCAAUAGAACCGUAUCCGUCUUCAGAAUGCCAACGAGGAAGGGCCAAGAACGCGAAACCGAAUCUACCAGGCCACCGAGCUCGCGUUUCCUUCUCAGACAACGACCUUGGGCUCUUCCCCUUGCAGCCCUAAGUGCCGCAGCGAUGCUUCUUAUGGCUGGUUUCGAGGUUUUCGUACUUCUCAAGGCAAGAGCAGCAGCUCCAAACAGACGUCACUUGUUCCUAGGCCAAGCCCUUUUACUUGGUCUUUUUCUUUUGGCUGGACUCUCAGCUGCAGCUUCUCUCAGCCAAAAUCCUCUCUCUUGUGCAGCCUUCAGACUAGUCGGUUUACCAGCGGCCCUCGUAUUUGCGGCCCUUCUCGUCAAAUGCGUCUUCCUUCUUUCAUUGAACAGCGGUGUCUAUUUACCAGCACCUUAUCAAGCUUUGGUACUGGUAUUUGCUGUACUGGUACAAGUAGCUAUCGUCGGCCAAUGGUUUUACGGAGAACCACCCGCGGUUAUACAAGUUCAAAAUGUGGAUCAGAAUGGUCCUCUAUUGGGUUGCAAAACUCCCCUCGGACAGACAGUGGCUUCCCUAGGAUAUCCAGGGAUAUUGUUAAUAGCGGUUGCCUGUUUAGCCGUUCGAGCACGUGGCGUACGUGAUAAUAACAGGGAAGCUGCUUUUAUCGGACUCGCCGUUGGUCUGUCAUUGCCGAUUUGGAUAUCAAGCGCAAUUGGCUCUACAGUAGCCUCCUCCGAGAGCGAUAAGGAGGCGUGGCUGGCCUAUGGCCUCCUUACUACAUCGUUCCUCGUUUUUUUGACGAUGUUCCUGCCGAAGGGUCGACAAUUGGCUGCACUUGGUCGUGAAGGACCUACAACCGUCAUUCGAGAUCGCGAUGAUGCACUCAGCUCUCUACCUGGCAGCGGCUAUUCUCCUUCCUUUUUCCAUUUUAAACCUGCUGAGGCGUCCUUGAAGAGGAAGAUGCAUUAUCACAGCGCUGAUCGUGUCGCGCUGGUCUCAUCGGGAAUACCUGGUUGCAGCGCUUGCAGACACGGGGGAAGUCCAAUAUAUUCCGAUGAGGUUCAUGGACCGAUGGAGACGUUUGUUCUACCUACCGGUAUGUAUUUAAGGCCGGAGGAUGCUGGAAAUCUCUACACGACUCUAUCAGCGAAUCCCAACGUAUUUUUCCAGAGAGCUACGCACCCGGGGAUGAUGUAUUGAUCCCUUCUUUUAAUCGACGCGAAAGAACUUUAUUCAAAUAUUUGAAUUUAAUUUAACGAGAAGAUCCGCGGCUUUAUAAUUCUUCGCGUUAGAUUACGAUCAAUGAUCGAGAUAAUUACAUCGAUUGUAAAUAUUUACGUUGCAUUUAGUAUUUGACAAGUUUAGUCAAUGUCUGUACGAAGAAUAAUAUUGAACGUACGCCGAGUGAUAUGUUUGUGCGAAUAAACAUCUUUCUUUUAUAUAAUAUA